AUGGUCAAACCUCUAACAUUCAAAGGCGACAAGCCAAAGAAGCGCAAGACCCGCACAGCAGACACAGAAGCUCCAACCUCCAAAACGCGCAAAACCGAACCAGAACCCGAAGACAACCCAGAAGACCAAAGCUGGGUCUCCGCCGAUCUCCCAAGCGACAUCGCCGGCCCAGUAAUCCUAGUCCUACCCUCCGACGACCCAACCUGCGUCGCCAGCGAUGCCAACGGCCAAGUAUUCGCCAGCAAACUCGAGAACCUCGUCGAGGGCGACCCCGCCACGGCAGAGCCACACGAUGUGCGACAGGUUUGGAUUGCGUCGCGGGUAGCGGGAACGGAGUCAUUUAGUUUCAAAGGACACCAUGGGAAAUACCUCUCCUCAGACACACACGGUCUCUUCUCAGCAACCGCAUCAGCAGUCAGCCACUACGAAUCCUUCUUAGCGAUCCCCUCCCCCGAAGUCUCGGGUACAUUCUCUCUACAAACACACGGCGGUGACGGCGAGUCCUUCCUCACGAUCAAAGAAAACGCCAAAGCUUCUGCCGGCGUUGAGAUCCGCGGAGACGCAAAUAUGAUUUCCUUUGAGACGACUGUGCGCGUGCGCAUGCAGGCGAAGUUUAAGCCAAAGUUGCGCGCGUCUAAGGAGAGCAAAGCGUACGAGAAGAUUAGUAAGAAGGAGCUUGAAGGAAUUGUUGGACGGGGAUUGAAUGAUGAUGAGGUUAAGAGGCUCAGGAAGGGACGGAGGGAGGGGAAUUUCCAUGAGAUUUUGUUGGAUGUUAAGGUUAGCGGAAAGCAUGAUAAAUGGGCUUGA